UUUUUGGCCUGCAGCAUCUCAUGGUUGCAAGAUCUGUUUUGUAAACUUAAACGAUUAAAUCAAAGCCGAAGUUGCGAUGUCUUCAUUUGUAAAGCAGCAAUACUGACGCAUGUAUGGAGUAAAAUGGACUACAGGAAUAAAGUAAUCUUGGCGCCAAUGGUUAGGAUUGGCACACUUCCAACCAGACUGUUGGCACUCAAGUAUGGAGCAGAUAUCGUUUAUACAGAGGAGAUCAUUGACAGAAAAAUACUGAACACUGAAAGGAUAGAAAACAAGGUUCUGGGUACCAUUGACUACGUUUCCUCUGACUCAACCCUGGUGUUCAGGACUAACUCUAGGGAGAAACCGCUGCUGGUCUUCCAAAUGGGAACAGCCAAUUCACAAACAGCUUUAAAAGCAGCAAAAAAGAUAGAGCAGGAUGUCUCAGCAAUAGACAUAAAUAUGGGUUGUCCAAAGGAAUUUUCAAUAAAGGGAGGCAUGGGGGCAGCCUUGUUAAAGAAGCCAGACACCAUCAAAGAAAUUCUCACAACAUUGGUCCAGAAUGUGGCAGUACCGGUGACCUGCAAAAUAAGACUGCUGCCGGAGAUUGAAGACAGCCUGCGCCUGGUGAAGAUGAUCGAGGAAACAGGUGUGGCGGCCAUUGCAAUCCACGGGCGACUGACGGAGGAGCGCCCACGCCAUCCCAACAGGAACGAGACGAUCAAGACACUAGCACAGCACCUCACUAUUCCUGUCAUAGCAAAUGGUGGUUCUCUGGAGAUUCUCUCUUACGAAGAUAUCGCCAAGUUCCGUGAGGCAACAGGAUCUUCAUCUGUGAUGGUUGCUAGGGCUGCCCAGUGGAAUACGUCUAUUUUUAGACCCAAGGGAAUCCUACCAGUGAAGGAGGUUGUAAAAGAAUACCUCAAGUUGGCAAUCAAUGUAGACAAUGACUUCCCCAACACCAAGUACUGCAUUCACAUUUGA